AUGUCAGUCCAUGGUGCCAACCACCACCACAGGCGGCAGCUUUUGGAAGAUGGAGAAGGAGACUCUAGUCUUGUCCUUGAUCCAUCUCUAAAUUUCGAAAAUGUACGAAUGAAAAACGCCUACAUUGCUUUACAAGCAUGGAAAGCAGUCAUCGUAUCCGACCCACAUGGAGUAACCGAUACCUGGGUUGGAUCGGACGUCUGUAAUUACGAGGGUGUGUUUUGUUACCAAUCACCCGACAACCCUCAAGAACGCACGGUGGCUGGAAUCGACCUUAACCACCAAGAUAUAGCCGGAAAACUCCCUGAACUCCUUGGAUUAUUAUUCGAUCUCGGUCUUUUUCACAUUAAUUCUAAUCGAUUUUGUGGGACCCUCCCGCGUAGUUUUGUGAAUUUCAAGAUACUUUCCGAACUCGAUCUUAGCAAUAACCGGUUUGCAGGAAACUUUCCAGAUUUUCUAUUGGAACUACCGAAUCUCAAAUAUCUUGAUAUUCGGUUUAACGAGUUCGAAGGUAAACUUCCUAAAAAGCUUUUCAACAAGAAUCUUGAUGCGAUUCUUGUAAAUAAUAAUCGGUUUUCUUCGGUUAUACCGGAAGAGAUUGGGAAUUCACCAGCCUCAGUGAUCGUUCUUGCAAACAACAAGUUUUCGGGAUGUAUUCCAGAGAGUAUAACGAAAAUGACUGAGAGAUUGGAGGAGUUGAUCUUAACAAACAAUGGGUUUGAGUCUUGUAUGCCUGAAAGCAUUGGUGAUAUGAAGAAUUUGACAGUGUUGGAUGUGAGUGGUAACAGGAUAAAAGGGGAGUUGCCUGAGAGUAUGGGAGAAAUGGAAAGUUUGGAGGUUUGGAAUGUGGCUCAUAAUAUGUUAUCGGGAAAGAUUCCGGCGCGUUUGUGUAUGCUUCCUAAUUUGGAGAGCAUUGAUUAUGAAUAUAACUUUUUUGUGAAUCAAACAGAAAAUUGUUUGAAUUUUGUGGAUUUUGAUGAUAGAAGGAAUUGUUUUAAAGAUAGACCGGAGCAGAGAACAAAAUCACAGUGUAAGAAUUUCUUGGCUCGGUCGCUUGAUUGUAGUGCUUUUGGGUGUGGGCAGCCUCCGGAGCUUCCACCACCAGCAUUGCCAGUUGCUCCGCCACUAUCACCACCACCUUCAACCCCUGCGCCAUCACCUUCAUCUUCAUCUCCACCACCGUCGUCACCUCCACCACCCUUACCAGCACCAUCUCCAUCGUCAUUACCACCACCGCCACCGCCAUCACCUUCAUCUCCACCACCUUUGCUAGCCCCAUCACCUUCACCAAUACCACCACCAACGCCAUCACCUUCACCAAUAGAGCCACCAUUGCCACAACCUCCAAGUUCAUCAUGUCCCAGUCAAUCACCGACUCCUUUUACUUGUCCACCUUGUCCAGUAUGUGACCAGAAACCACCAUCGUCAUCAUCAGCGUCACCAAGUAACCAACAAGAAGCUCCAGAAUCUACACCACCAUAUACGUCUUAA